AUGGCUUCGGGACACAACGACCCCAAGCUCUUGUACGCCAUCAAUGGCGUCAAGGCCUUCCACAUCUCCAACGGCAAGGAGGAGUCUCUUACUCCCGCCGGUCCUCAGACCUUGUCACUGUUGAUGGUACCAACCUCUUCGCCCUUCUCCGACGGCGUAGAAACUCCCGCCGAGGACUUCUACUUGCACCUGCACCUGCCUCCCGAGCUCGACCUCCCUCUUCCUGCCACGACCCAAAUCUACCACCAGCCGCCGACGAGCUACCUGAUCCCCCGAUGGGACCUCGGUCCGGAUAGCGGUGCCUUCACCCGCAUCGAGUUUCCCGACACGGGUAGCAGAAAGGGUCUGCAAGAAGACGUGGAUACCUUCGAAACGAUUCUUGCGCAAUGCACUGCCUUCCUCGAGCGCGCGCCGCCGCCGAAGACCACUUCCUCCUCCAAGUCGAAAGCCGCUGCCGCCGCCGCCGCUUACCCAUAUGACGAUCCCAGCUGCUGCCGCCGAUGGCCUCCCCCCUACAACCCGGCCGACUACCAGCCUGGACAGGGCUAUGCACCGGGGGCUCACAGCUCAUCCAACAGUGGCGGUAGGAUCGUACUCAUCGACGAGGAGGAUGGUAGCGUCAUCGGAGAGUUGACCGAGAACUACCAAGUGAACGAGGAGCUGGGCGUCAGACCUGGCACGAAAGGUAAGUUUGGCGGCCACUCGGCCGAGCUUGACUCACAUGGCAUGCUAGAUCCGGUGGAGAUUACACUCCCUGCCGACAACAGCCAAGCCAUUAUCGUUCAGCCCAUGUCGCAGGAAUACCGCGAGAUGGUCAUGCACCCAUCGUACAAGAAGUCCUUCCUUGUCUCCAAUGCCUCCAAGGCGUCGCGACUCAUCGUGACGUCGUCCGACUUGGUCACCAAGGGCCUGCAGACCUCGGCCGACAGCUUCACCAAGAAGACGAAGCCGACGAACGAGCCCGUGACGUUUACGCCUGCUGCACACGACCGCGUCCGCCGCAUCAACCAGUUCUCCACCAAGGCAGCUGGCUUGUCGGCGACCACGGUUGGCGCAGUGGGCAAAGUUGCCCAGAACCUGGGCGCCACCCUCGCUAGAAAGAAGGAUGGCAGUGGAAGGGGUUACGACAAAGACGGUAACCCCAUUGAGGGUUACAAGCCUGGCCUGCUGAACAGGAGUUUGAUGGCGUUCAACACGGUCGCAGACGGCAUCGACCAGGCCGGACGCAAUCUGCUCACCGGUACCUCGUCUAGUGUCUCUCAGAUGGUUGAACACCGCUGGGGCGCUGAGGCCGGCGAAGUAUCGCGGAACAUCGGCGGUGGGUUCAAAAACGUCGGUCUGGUCUAUAUAGACGUGACGGGUGUCUCCCGCAGAGCCAUCCUGAAGAGUGUGGCCAAGGGUAUGGUCGUCGGUAAGGUCAAGGGCGGUGGUCAGAUCAUUGUCGGAGGCGGCGAUGGCGGUGCUAUAGUGUACCCCGAAGACGCAAAGAAUCGGAGAGACGACCAGAGCGACACGGCCAGUUUGUACACAGCAUAUGAAGGCAACGGCAAGCAACCGGCUGGGCAGCGAUCAUAA